GGGUAACCUAGUAACGAGGGUGAGUGCUGUAUAUAUGUAAUACUUGUCUUUCCGCAAACUUUCAUCUUCAUUUUCCGCUUCGGCUCGGUUAGGUUUUCCUUCCUCGUGUUUGCCCGGAACUACUUCUCCACUCAUCGUUUAAAAUGUCUGAUGUGGAAGAGUAUCGCUGCUUCAUUGGUGGCCUUGCAUGGUCAACAUCUGAUAGAAAAUUAAAGGAUACAUUUGAAAAGUUCGGCAAGCUUGUUGAGGCAAAGGUUGUUGUUGACAAGUUCUCUGGGCGUUCACGUGGUUUUGGAUUUGUCACAUUUGAUGAAAAGAAAGCAAUGGAAGAGGCUAUUGAUGCUAUGAAUGGGAUGGAUUUAGAUGGGCGGACUAUUACUGUUGAUAGAGCCCAGCCUCAACAAGGAUCAACUAGAGAUGAUGGUGAUCGCUACCGGGAGCGUGGUCGUGAUCGUGAUCGUAACCGAGAUUAUGGAGGUGGAGGGGGCCGAGGAUCUAAUGGUGGUGAAUGCUUUAAAUGUGGAAAACCUGGUCAUUUUGCUAGGGAAUGCCCUGGUGAAGGGUCCAGGGGUGGCGGAAGGUAUGGUGGUAGGGAAAGUAGAUAUGGUGGAAGCAGUGGUGGUGGUGGUAGUCACUAUGGUCCAGAUAGAAAUGCAGAUCGUUCUUCAGGGGGCCGCAACAGGGAUGGCGGUAGUCAUGGAGAUUCCGGAAAUGAUCGAUAUCAUCGUGAUCGUGCAGGACCGUAUGAGCGAGAGCGACGGGGAUCAGGAGGCUUUCGUUGAUAUAAUUUAAUCUUUCAAUGAGCUUUAAAAUUGAAGAGGUCGCUGUCAAUGCUUCAACUUUAUUUUUCAUUCCCACUUCACAAUGCUCUGGACUUCUGGGAUUGUUGUUUGGAUGGAUCAUUGAUACCAGUAUUUUGAUAUGCAAUACUCAGCACAUUUUGCAAACUCUUUAUGUUCCUAAAUGCUGAUCUUUUGGUCUAGUGAAAUCUUAUGCAUACUUGACUUGCGGUCAAA